AUGCGUGGCCACAGCCGCGUGCUGCUUGGGCUUCUGACAGCGCUCGCGUCGCUGCUCCACUCGAGAUCUUCGCUUGCCGCUGGCGCUCCCGUCGAUGGCGUCAUCAUCGUCCGUGGUCACAAGCUCUACAACGCCAAGACGGGCGAGCGGUUUUUCAUCAAAGGCUUGACGUACGAGUACGCCGUGAGUGACGAGUACUAUGACAAGUACUCGAAGGCUACGAUCGAAGAAAACCUCGCCGGGCUCAAGUACAAUACCUUGCGGCUGUACAACAUCAACCCCGAGGCGUCGUACGUGAAGUUCAUGGCGGACAUGGCCAACCUUGGCGUCUACGUGAUGGUAUCGGCCUCACCGGACAACGACGUGUAUUACGGUAAAUACCGGUAUUCGACGAUCACCAAGAAACUGAGCUGUACCGGGAAAGUCUCGGCCGGUGAUGGGGCAAAGACGGUGGACCAGACAGAGACGUGCUAUCCAGCUCUAUUACUUGAGUAUGGCAAGAAGAUCAUUAAGAACUUUGCUCAAUAUGACAAUACGCUGGGCGUUGUCGUGGCCAACGAGAUCAUGCAAAUGGACUUGACGUCCGCUUCUUGUGUUAAGGCGUACGUGGCUGAUCUCAAGACUUGGAUGACGGUGAAUGGCAAGCGGUUGCGCAUUUUGCCGCUUGCUUACGCGGCUGCGGACAGUAGCACGGACAAGGUCUCGAACGCCGAUGAUUACCAUGUGAUUAAGGUCCAGGGACUCUUGUGCGGCGACGAGAUGAGGAACGGCAUGAUGGCAAAGAGCAUUGAUAUCUACUUGAUCAACGAGUACCGGUGGUGCCCGGAUUCGACGUUCGACGAGGCGUACAAGCGCUACAUUGAUAUGGCACAAGGCAUUCCGGUCGUCGUUGCGUUUGGCGAGUACGGUUGUAAAACGUCGGCCUCGACUCCUCGUACGUGGGGCAUGGUCCCUUACAUGUACGAAGAGCCUUCCAAGACCAAACAGUUUUCGGCGGUGUGGUCUGGAGGGUUGGCCUAUUCGUAUGGCGAGGCGAAGCUUGGCAAAGAUUCGCUGUUCCCGAUGUUUACGGGCGGCAGCACGGACUUUCUCUCGACGCCUAGCUCAAAGCCCUUGGUGGAUUACACGAAUUUGAAGGCUCAGUUUGCUAAGUACUCGGGCUACAAGGACGAUGCAGAAUGGACUGACGGCACCACGUGCUCGUGGACGCCUACGUUGGAAACGAAGACACAGCCUUCGAACAAGAUCGCGUCUCAGUACGGCUGGAUUGUGAGCAGCUGCACUGCGAGUAACUUGAAGCUUUCCAGCACCGACUCGUGGAUUUGUUCGAGUCGUGAAGGCGUGGUUUGCGGAGACGAUGGCAGUACUUGUGACGUGGCCUUGAGUAGUAGCCUCGGUACCACUCAGGAAGACAUUUGCGGCACGUAUGAAGUUGUGAGCGGCGGAGGUACCUGUGAGACGACGACAGACUGCGGUGGCAACGGGCAGUGCAAGGAGUCGAAUGGCACCAAGUCGUGCAGCUGUCUGUCGUGCUACACUGGCACUGAUUGUAGUGUGCGGGACAUUACCUCGUGCGCGACGCUGAGCAGCUCGACCUCGGCUCCUCACAUGAUUUUUGUCGGCGUCGGCGUGUUCUUGGGCGUCAUGUUGGUGGUGUUUAUCGCCCUCGGUGUUGCAGCGGCGAAGAAGAAAGCUGAAACCAACAAGUUGGCGGAACAAGUGCGAGCUGACGGCAGUAGCCAAGCGACGGCAGAUACGCUAUAG